CCCAGCCCGCGGCUCCCGGCUGUCCUGGAGAUUGCAUUCUGCUGCAGCUGGUGGACCGACCCUGGCUGGGAGCGGCGUGGGGGCUCAGAGUAGGUGGGCGCCGAGGGCCCAGCGCACCAGGGAAGCCGAGGUCGUGGGGCCGGCGCUUUCUUCCGUCUCCUGCCGCACUCCUGGGGCGGGCGGCGUUCCCUGGGCGGAAGAGAAGUUUCAGCCACGUGUCCUGAGCGACGCCAGACUUCUACUUGUUACAAAUUGAUGGAUUUUCCAUCUCUCAACUAACAGUAUUGGAGCUGUAAAAUCAUCAGGUUGGUUCCCGUUAUAUCUUCUCCGCUGUUACAUCGGCAGUAUUCACCUGUAUUUCUCCCACGAUAAAUACUAAUUUGAAACAAAUCUGUAUUUAUGAAGAGUGACUGCAUGCAAACCACAACAUGUCAAGAAAGAAAAAAAGAUCCAAUAGAAAUGCUUCAUUCUGGGCAGCUGGUAAAAGUCUGCGCCCCAAUGGUGCGAUAUUCAAAGUUGGCUUUUAGAACACUGGUAAGAAAAUACAGUUGCGAUCUGUGCUAUACGCCAAUGAUAGUUGCUGCUGAUUUUAUCAGAUCUAUAAAAGCCAGAGACAGUGAAUUUACCACAAACCAAGGUGAUUGCCCAUUGAUUGUUCAGUUUGCUGCUAAUGAUGCAAGAAUUUUAUCUGAUGCUGCUCGUAUAGUCUGUCCUUAUGCGAAUGGAAUAGACAUUAACUGUGGUUGUCCUCAGAGGUGGGCAUUGGCAGAAGGUUAUGGAGCUUGCUUAAUAAACAAUCCAGAGCUUGUUCGAGACAUGGUGAAACAAGUAAGAAAUCAAGUGGAAAACCCCAGAUUUUCAGUAUCUAUUAAAAUAAGGAUCCAUGAUGACCUUACAAGAACUGUAGAUCUUUGUCGAAAGGCUGAAGCGACAGGGGUUUCCUGGAUUACAGUCCAUGGAAGAACUGUUGAAGAAAGACAUCAGCCAGUUCACUAUGAGGCCAUUAAAAUAAUUAAGGAAAGUAUGUCUAUACCUGUAAUUGCUAAUGGAGACAUCAGAAGCUUAAAAGAAGCAGAAAAUGUGUGGCAUAUUACUGGGACAGAUGGUGUGAUGGUUGCAAGAGGACUCUUAGCCAACCCGGCCAUAUUUGCUGGAUAUGAGGAAACCCCACUGAAAUGCAUCUGGGACUGGGUUGACAUUGCUCUUGAACUUGGAACUCCUUAUAUGUGUUUCCAUCAACAUUUAAUGUACAUGAUGGAAAAGAUAACUUCGAGGCAGGAAAAAAGAAUAUUUAAUGCUUUGUCAAGCACAUCAGCAGUCUUAGAUUACCUUACAGACCAUUAUGGGAUUGACUGGACUUCCUAAAUUAUUUUCUAUCUUUAGUGAAACCACCCAGGGUCACAUCUUGGUUUUCACUUUGAAUCAGUGGCUCUCAAACAUUAGUAUAAAAACAAUGCCCUGACAGAAUUUUUAAAAGUCAUUCCUAGACCAUAUCCUCAGAGUUUCUGAUUCAGUAAAUCUCUAGGGUGGACCCAAAAUUUAGUUUUAAAGAAGACCCCAGGUGGUUCAAACAUUGACAAACAUUGCUCUGAAUCCUAUUAUGGAUUUAAAACUGUAAGAAUUUUUUUCUUAAAGGAAUCAUGUUUUUAACAUUUUUAAAUAAAUAAAACUUUUUAUUUUGAUACUAAAAGUAUGACUCAUGGUAUCCGUAAGUUAACAUUAGGUAUGUUUUAAAUGAAAAUAAGAGCAGAGAAGUGUGAACAAAUUCCAACAUCUGU